AUGGAUGACGAGGUAUAUAAAUUAUGGAGAAUUAAAAAGACACUUCUUAAAAUGUGCCUUGACAGAGGCUAUUUAGUCAUGCAAAAGGAAUUAGACCAAUCUCUUGAGGAAUAUAAGGAAUCAUUGGGUGAAUCAAUACCUCGAAAAGGAUUACUAUUGGUUGUAAACCACGAAGAGGAUCCUUCCGAUAUGUUGUAUGUUUUUUUCCCUGAUGAAGAUCGUGUAAACAUGAAGACUAUUCGUACUUUUGUGGAGCAAAUGCAACAUGAUUCAUGCACCAAAGCCAUUCUUGUACUUCGAAACGCCGGCUUGACUCCUGCUGCUAAAUCUGCUAUUGCGGAAUUACUGUCAAAAAAAAUCACAAUGGAAUGUUUCUAUGAACAUGAGCUAAUGGUAAAUAUUACCGAACAUAAACUUGUUCCGGAACACAUUGCUUUGACGGCUGAGGAAAAGCAGGAACUUUUGGAUGCAUAUCGGCUGAAGGAAAGUCAAUUGCCAAAAAUUCAAUCCACUGAUCCUGUUGCCAGAUAUUAUGGUUUGAAACCCGGACAGGUAGUGCGUAUCAAUAGGCCAUCAGAAACGGCAGGCCGGUACAUUACUUAUCGAAUAGUCGUUUAA